CCGAGGAGCAGGCGACUGCCGGACCUUCCUCUCCCGGCCGGCGGUAGGUGCCCUGGCCCAGCCGCUCCCGAGGUUGCGGACCCUUGGCCGUGGGAACCUGGCAUCUCCACUUCCGGCUUUCGCCGCGGGGCGCUAGUCCGAGCCCAGGAAGGAGCCUUCACUACCUCUGCCUGGUUUUGUUCGUGUUCCAAGGAGGGUGUGAAAGGGAGCCAUGGAUCCUGCAGCAUUGGUGGAAGCCGUUGUGGAAGAACUGGCCUGUCCCAUCUGCAUGACCUACCUGAGGGAGCCUGUGAGCAUUGACUGUGGCCAUAGCUUCUGCCACAGCUGUCUUUCCGGACUCUGGGAGGUCCCAAGGGAAUCCCAGAACUGGGGUUACACAUGUCCCCUCUGCCGGACUCCUGUCCAGCCAGGGAACCUGAGGCCUAAUUGGCAGCUGGCCAAUGUGGUAGAAAAAAUUCGUUUACUAGACCUGCACCCAGGAAUGAUGCUUAAGGGUAAUGUGUGUGAGCUCCACAGAGAACAGCUAAAGAUGUUCUGCAAAGAGGAUGGCCUGAUGACAUGUGAGGCUUGCAGCCGGUCCCCUGAACAUGAGGCCCACAGUGUCAUGCCCAUGGAGGAUGUCGCCUGGGAAUAUAAGUGGAAACUCCAUGAGGCUCUGGAACAUCUGAGGAAAGAGCAAGAAGAGGCCUGGAAGCUGGAAGUUGGUGAGAGGAAACGAACGGCCACCUGGAAGAUACAGGUGGAAACCCGGAAGAAGAGUAUCAUGUGGGAGUUUGAGAAGUAUCAGCAAUUACUAAAGAACCAGCCACCAGAUCGGCAGCUGGAGGUGGAGGCAGCCACUGCUCUCACCAGCCUGGAGCAGGAGGAGAGGGAGACCAGACAGAAACUGGAGAUGAAUCACGAUGUGCUUAUCCAGCAGAGCCUGGUCCUGUGCAGGCUGAUUGCAGAGCUGGAGGAGAGGUCUCAGAGGCCCAUCCGCUGGAUGCUGCAGGGUAUUCAGGAGGCCUUAAACAGGAGCAAGUGUUGGAGCCUUCAGCGGCCAGAACCAGUCUCCCUGGAGCUGAAGACCGAUUGCCGUGUGCCGGGCCUACGAGAGAUCCUGAAGACGUAUGCAGCUGAUGUGCGCCUUGAUCCAGACACUGCUUAUUCCCGCCUCAUCGUGUCAGAGGACAGAAAGUGCGUGCGCUAUGGAGACACCAACCAGAAACUGCCUGACAAUCCAGAGAGAUUCUACCGCUAUAAUAUCGUCCUGGGCAGCCAGUGCAUCUCCUCAGGCCGGCACUACUGGGAGGUGGAGGUGGGAAACAGGUCUGAAUGGGGCCUGGGGGUGUGUAAGGAAGAUGUUGACCGGAAGGAGGUGGUCUAUUUAGCCCCCCACUAUGGAUUCUGGGUAAUAAGGCUGAGGAAGGGCAAUGAGUACCGGGCAGGUACUGAUGAAUACCCCCUCCUGUCCUUGCCAGUCCCUCCUCAACGGGUGGGCAUCUUCCUGGAUUAUGAAGCCCAGGAUAUCUCUUUCUACAAUGUGACUGACAAUGGCUCCCACAUUUUCACUUUCCCCCACUAUCCCUUUCCUGGGCGCCUCCUGCCCUAUUUUAGUCCUUGCUACAGCAUUGGUGCCAACAACACCGCUCCUUUGGCCAUCUGCUCCCUGGAGGAGGAGGACUAGGAGACCCACCAUCCCAUCCAGAGGCCUCGUAAUGUCAUCUGGGCCACAGGGCCCUUGCAGAGCCCUGCCCCUGACAAGGGUCCCCUUCCACUGAGUUGAGCCUGGAAUCGUAAUUCCUCUGCUGCUCCUGGGCCAGAGCCUCUCACUAAACCGCUCGUGAAGGAGGUGAGGCUAAACCAAAGGAGCAUUGUCCCCUGUGAAGGACGCCUGACAGGGCUGAUGGUGUAGAUCAGAGUGGCUCUAACAAGGAGGCCUGGUCCUUUCUGUAGUUCGGCCCUCUUUUUCAGUCCCUGUUGGUGUCAUAAUUAAGUCACCGAGAAUGAUAAAGUAGAUCUGACCUCUGGAAAUCUGUUGGAUAGGGUUUACCAACAAGCCAGAAGGACACUCUCCUAUCUGGAGCUAGGGGCUGUGCUGAAGCCAACUGGAGGAGGCCUCUCCUGAGGUUUCCUGUGAAUGAGCAAAUGCUUGACCCCAGCUCUCUGAUCUCCAGACUAGAGCAUGCCUUGCAGGUUGGCCAGAUCACUCUAAGGGUCAUCUUCAUCUCAGCACAAGCUGGCACACCACUGUCUCAGACCCUAAGGAGACCUGUGCCCUGGUCCUGACCUCUGAGUGGCAGGAUCGGAAAACCUGUCUUCUUUCUAUCUUCACUUUGUGGAUAAGAAAACUGAAAUGGCCUUAACAGAGCAAAGUAUUUCUCACAAUGCUGUUGAAGUAUUUCUCACAUUCAA